UAUCAAAUCAAAACCUAAAGUUGUGGGUUGAUCCUUACUGCUGCUGCUUUGGUUCGGUUCGGGACUUCGGGUACCCUGUCAGCAGCCCCAUUCGAUGGAGAAGGCCUCCAAGGUGACGCCUUUCCGCCUCACCUCCCUUAUUCGCCUCGAGGCGAAUCCUCAUCUCGCCCUCCAGCUCUUCCGCAACCCUGUACCGUCUCACCCCAAGACCUUCCGCCGCAGCGCGCGAUCUUACGACCUUGUCAUCUGCAAGCUUGGCAAGGGCCGCAUGUUCAUGGAGAUGGAGGAAGUCCUCAGCCAGAUGAGUUUAGAGACCCGCUUUGUCGCCAAGGAAGCCCUCUUCUGCCGUAUCAUCUCCUUCUACGGCCGAGCCCGCAUGCCGGCCGAAGCACGCCGCACCUUCGAGCGCAUCCCUUCCUUCCGCUGCCUCCGGACCAUCCGGUCCUUCAACACCCUCCUCCACGCCACCAUCACUUGCGGCGACCUAGAGGGUGCCAAAUCUUUGCUCCGUGGCCUCGAUGACUACUGUCUGACCCCCGACGCGUGCACAUACAACGUACUGAUCCGCGCCCGUAUAGCUUCAGGCUCUCUUCCAGGAGCAUGGGAGUUGUUUGACGAUAUGCGGACGAGAGGGAUCGAUCCGACUGAUUUCACAUUUGCCACUCUGGUAUCCGGUCUCUGUGCCAAUUCAAUGCUGGAUGACGCUUUUAGGCUAAAAGAGACGAUGGUGAAGCAAUACAAUGUGAAGCCCAAUGUUUGUGUAUACAAGUCUCUGCUCAAAGGUCUCUGUAAAGAUGGCAACUUGGACCUCGCACUUCAGCUAAAAGAAGAGAUGCUUUUAGACACAAAUUUGAAGUUGGACUCCACUGCCUAUUCUACCCUGAUUCGUUUUCUCUUUGAAGCCAGCAGGAAAGGAGAGGUGGUUGAUAUCCUGGAGGAAAUGAAGCGACUUGGGUUAAAGCCGGAUGUUGUGACUUACAAUGCAAUUCUCAGUGGGUUCUGCAAAGAUGAGAAGGACUUUGACGCCGCCUAUGAGACUCUGAAUGAGAUGGCGAAACAAGGCUGCAAGCCAGAUGUCGUGAGUUACAACAUAAUCAUUUCCGGACUUUGUGAGGCAGGUAAGUGGAUGGAUGCAAGUGAGCUUUUUGAUGAUAUGCCAAGAAGGGGAUGCCCUGCUGAUGUUGUAUCUUACCGGACUUUAUUCAAGGGUCUAUGUGAUGCUGGACAAGUCCGAAGGGCAAGGAUGGUUAUGGAUGAGAUGUUGUUCAAAGGGUAUAAACCUUAUCCGGUGAGUUUGUGGAAAUUUUUGGAGAAAUUGCUGGAUGGAGAGGAGAAUUGGAGUUUGGUUGGGUCAACUUUGACUAAUUUGGUGAAGGCAAAUGCUAUGGGCUCUGAUGAGUGGCAGAAGAUAAUUACUACUACAUUGGUCGAGUCAGAGAAUUUGAUAGUUAAGGAGCUUUUGCAUAGUUUGACAGUAAAUUGAAUGGCCUCAUAUAUCCUGGCAACUGUGACCAAAGUGGGUGCUGGAUCAGGCCAUCAUAGAAGAUGAAUGUUGGAAAAUUUUGUAUACUCUUACCCAGGUUUGAAGCUUUGCAUGGACCAGAGAAAAUCAGAGUCUAGUAAAAUUUUGUCAGCAUGUAAGAAAUUUAGGAUCUCGACCACGAAAGCAUGACUGUCAGCAUUCAAGAGUCUCUAUAAUAGUGCUAACAUAUCUCUUUGUACAGUUCGAGCACUCUCAACCAGAGUUCUCUUAUAAGCUGUACACAAGGUGAGCAGAAACCUUCUCAUCGUACAAGAAUUAUCAUAGGUGAAGUAGUCAGACAUAAGAAACAACUACUCAACCAUGAUUGAGAGCAAUGCAGAAACAUAGAACGAUUCUUGUAUUCUUCCAUCUCAGAAUAAUAAAAAGUUGCACUACACUACUUACUGGUUUUCUAAUAAAUGUACCCCUCCCUUCAUAGUUCGACAUUUUAAGUUGUUAUUGAGAAGCAAUUAUCAUUGGGAAACGAAUCGCAGGGUAAUUCUCCUUUGGCAAGCAUUUCAUUAUAGCAUACACCAAAGUUGUGUUACUCAAUUUCUCUGCCAGAGGAGAACUGCUCCACAUUUAUCCUCCUCGUGUUUGUCUGACCAGGCUUGAGUAUAGGCGAUGAUCAACGACACAUUUAUAGCACCUGGAAGUGGAGAUAAUUUAUGGAUAUGCUACAGGAUAUCCUUCCAAGGCUCUAUUAUUCUUUAGAUUGACAGGAUUUUCUAUCACUCCACAUUUCUCUUCCUUAGCUUUCUUCCUUUAGAUUGCGCUUUUGGAAUUGCACUAGUGAACUUGUAUUGCUCUUCCACCCCAUUUCCUUACGCUUCAUGGGUAUUUCAUGAACAAUUGAUAUAUUGUUUGAACAAUUGAUUAUAUAUUUUAUAUCCAUAUCCAUUUUAGCUCUUCA